CCCUCCCACGCCACACACUCGUCGUGCAUCAGGCAGCCUUAUUUCCCCCUCGCGCGACCCGCCUCCCGUGCUCACUUUCCCGCUACGCCAGUUUCCCGCCAAAACCCAAGGCGCGAGGCUGUCCACUUUCGCGCGCCGUCUCUGCCUCCCCACGUGGUCUUCUCGACUUGAAUGCGGAGACCUCAAGCCCCGAAGAUCCGCGUUCCUCCUCCUCCAGGGUGCUCUGACGCGGGCUGGAGUAUGACAUUCUCCACCUCCUGUGAAUCGAAACUUUUUACCCAAGUGACGGCUGAAACUUCAUUUUGUACGCGAAAUUUUGUAACCUCCACUCGUAGCCUCGGUUUUAGUGCACGGCGGAUGGAUUUCUGUAACUUUUUCUUAGUUUAGUGCUUCGAAGUGACAAGACUCGUGGUGCUAAGCGACUGGGAACUCUACGAAGGCCCUAAGAACCUAAGAACUUAACGUGUGGAUCAACGACUUCAAAAACUAUCGUGAAAACUCGUGCCAAUGAACUUCCUUUAUCCGACUGUCGCUCUGAAGGCUUGGUGAACGUGCCCGGACUUUAUUAGGCUUUGGGCGUCCCCGUCGAGUCUCAGCCAUGCGAGGCGAGGCGACCAGGAUGAAGGUGGACGUCCUGCGAGCCCUUGUCCUUACCUGGAUCAUUGGCCAGCAAGGGUGCUGUGGCCUGAGGGAGGGGCCGCGCCUGCUGGAGGAGCCACCGCCGAACGUGUCCUUUCCCAACACACGCGGCGUCUCCCUCACGUGCUCCGCCGCCGCCACGCCCCCGCCCACCAUCUCCUGGGUCACGGCGGACGGCGUGCGGGCGGACGACGUGGCGGGACUGAGGACCGUCACCACCGCCCCGACGCAUGCCCACACUCACGCCCUCGCCUACAACUCCACCCUCACCCUCCUGCCCUUCCAGCCCGACCAGUACCGACACGACCUGCACGCCGCCACCUACAGGUGCCUCGUGACCAACAGCGUGGGCACCGUCUCCUCAAGGCCCGUCUCCGUCAAUGCAGUGGUGAUGCAGCGCUUCGAGGUCGGGGUGAGCGACGCGACGGGUGUGGUGGGCGGCGCCGUAGUCUUCUCCUGCGACGUUCCUCCGACUGUGGCCCGACACGUGUCCCUCACCGCGUGGAGCGUUGACGGGCGCUCCCUCACCCCCUCCACCCGGCCAGACGGCCGUUACUGGGUGCUGCCGAGCGGGGAGCUCCUCAUCCCCAGCCUCACCGCCACGGACGCCUACUCCCGCGUGUCCUGCCGCGCUGCCCACGCCUUUGACACCUCGCCAAGGGCCUCCAACACCGCCCGGGUCAUCGUCACAGGUGAGCAGCAUGUCACUCGGCCGCAACUCCUCCUCCGCCGUGACCUGGUGCGUCCCUGGCUCCGAGACAACAUCAUGCUGCCUUGCGUCGCCAGAGGUCACCCCGCGCCGUCCAUCACGUGGUUCCGGGAGGACGAAGGCCGCGGACGCAUUGCCAUGAGCGGCGGCGGGCGUGUGCGGGUGGUGGAGGGACAGCUGGUGAUGGAGGGGGCCAGGAUGGAGGACUCCGGCUUCUACCUGUGCCUCGCUAACAACUCCGCCGGCACUGACUCGUACAGAGUGAGCGUGCAAGUGCGGGAGCGGCUGGGCGUGGUGGUGGAGCCCGGGCUGCAGCGCGUCGACCUGGGCCGCCCCGCCUCGCUCACCUGCCGUGUUUCCGGAUCACCCGUCACCUCCCUCACCUGGUACAAGGACGGCCGGCCCCUCCCGCCCCUCCCCCGCCUCAGCACCUUCGACAGGUCCCUCCAGAUCGGCCAGGUGUCUCGCGAGGACGGUGGAAUGUACCAGUGUUUGGCUAAGAACGACGAGGACUCGGCUCAAGGGGCGGCCCAAGUAGAUCUGGGAGACUCCGCGCCCAUACUGGAGUACCGUUUCAUCAGUCAGACGCUUCAGCCGGGACCUUCAGUGAGCCUAAAGUGCAUCGCGUCAGGAGCACCAACCCCCCACGUCAGCUGGACCCUCGACGGCUUCCCCCUCCCGCAGCACGACAGGUUGGUGGUGGGGCAGUACGUGGGCAUGGGAGGCUCUGUGGUGAGUCACGUGAACCUGACGGGCGUGCGGGCGGCGGACGGGGGCGCCUACACCUGCACGGCCUCCAACAGGGCUGGCUCCACCGCCCACACCGCGCGCCUCAACGUGUACGGCCCAGCGUAUGUGCGUCCCAUGUCGGUGGUGACGGCAGUGGCGGGGGAGCAGCUCAUCAUAUCAUGCCCGGCAGCUGGAUACCCUCUGGCCAAGAUCACCUGGAAGAGAGACGGACGCAUCCUGCCCAUGACGGCGCGGCAGAGUGUGCACGAGAACGGGACCCUGAUCAUUCGAGACGUGCAGAAGGCGGCCGACGGAGGCUCCUACACCUGCACGGCAAGCGACAAGCAGGGACGCUCCCACUCCUCGACGGCCACGGUGCAGGUGCUAGUCCCUCCCACCGUAAUACCAUUUAGCUUCGGGGAGGCGAGUGAGGGGGACAGAGUGCAAGUGAUAUGCUCGGUGAGGCGAGGUGACCCGCCCCUCACCCUCACCUGGUACAAGGACGGCACCCCCCUCGCCCAGGACCCGCCGCAGGGCCUCACCUUAAGCCCCUUCGACCAGUACUCCAGCGCCCUCACAUUGCCCCACGCCCUCGCCCACCACAGCGGCAACUACUCGUGCCAGGCCGCCAACGCCGCCCGCACCGCCGCCUACUCCGCCACCCUCGUGAUCAAAGUUCCCCCGUCGUGGGUGGAGGCUCCCAGGGACUCGUCGGUCAUCCUCGGGGGCUCCAUCGCUAUCCCCUGCCACGCCCAAGGCUUCCCCACGCCCAGAGUCACAUGGCGGAGAACACGAGAUCAGCCCGGUCAGUACAGCCCAAUCCUCGGGGGCGGCAUGGGGCUGGGCAUGGGCGUGGGCGCGGGCGUGGGCGUGGGCAUGGGCGUGGCGGACAACGGGAGCCUCGUGGUGGUGGGCGCGAGGACGGAGGACAAGGGCAAGUACCUGUGCGAGGCGUCCAAUGGCGUGGGAGGUGGACUGUCCGCGCUUAUUGACCUCACUGUGAAUGCUCCCCCUCGGUUCGACCCCGGCCUUCAGCGCACGGUGUCGGUGAGGCGCGGGUCGCAGGCCGCUCUCACCUGCCUGGCUCACGGGGACCCGCCCAUCACCCUCCUCUGGCAGGCUGUGCACACCAACGUCCACGACAGGAGCGUGGUGCGGGAGGUGUCUGGGGGCGUGCGGGGAGAGCUGGUGAUUCCCUCGGUCAAGAUGGAGGAUGCUGGGAAGUUCACCUGCACCGCCUCCAACUCCUACGGCACCGAGGCCUUUGUGGUGACCCUAGUGGUGCAAGACGUGCCCGGCUCCCCUCACGGCCUGCGGGUGUCUGAACGCGGCUCCCGACAUCUGGUUGUGUCUUGGCUACCACCCGCCACCACACACACUCCGGUUCAGACCUACACCGUGCAGUACCGCUCCGUCAGAGGGUCGUGGGGCGAAGGGGAGGAGGUGGAGGUGGGCGGGGAGGUGACUACUGCCCGCCUGGCGCCCCUCCUCCCCGACACUCAGUACCUGGUCCGGGUCCUCGCCUCCAACUACCUGGGCUCCUCACCGCACUCCGAGCCCCUGCAGGUACGCACGGAGGGAGAGGCACCGUCAGCGGCUCCUACAGGUGUGCGCGCCGAUGCCCUCUCCUCCAGCAGCCUGCGCGUGACCUGGGAUGCGCCGCCCGCCCACACCCACCACGGGGAUCUACUGGGCUACAACGUUGGCGUCAGGAGGCACGACAUGGGCGUCGAGGGCGGCUACAAUUUCAGUCUGGUGGGCGUGGGCAGCGGCGUGGGCGGGCGUGAGGUGGUGGGGGGGCUGCGGCCGUGGGUCCAGUACGCCGUGGUGGUGCGGGCGUACAACAGCCACGGUGCGGGGCCUCUGUCGCAGCCCAUUGUUAUCCGCACGCUGGAAGACGUGCCGUCAGCUCCCCCGGUUGGUGUGGAGUGCAGCGGGGGCGCGGGGGGCUCGUCCCUGGUGGUGCGAUGGGCGCCCCCUUCCCCCGCCCACCACAACGGCCUCCUGCAGAGCUACAGACUCACCCUCACCCGCCUCGACGACUCCACGGAGGAGGUGGAGGAGAUUUCUCGCAAGACCAGCGGGCGGGAGGAGAGCGUGGGCGGGCUUCGGGCGUGGACCAACUACUCGGUGACGGUGGCGGCGGUGACCAGGGCGGGCGUGGGCGUGGCCUCUCCUGACCUGACCUGCACCACGCGAGAGGACGUGGCGGGCGCUCCAGGUGGGCUGCGGGUGCUACAGUCCUCGGCGUCCUCAGCAGUGCUCACCUGGCUACCCCCCCACCCCCCCACCGGCCUCCUCCUCGGCUACACCCUCCACCACCGACCCCCCCACGGCCGCACGCCCACCCAGCACUCCCUCCACGCCCAGACCAACGCCCACACCCUCACGCACCUCGCCCACGGCACCCACGAGUUCUGGAUGACGGCGAGGACGCGGGUGGGUGAGGGACCGCCAACACCCACUGUCAAGCUCACCAUGGUGGAGCAAGUACCCGCGGGCGUGGCGACGUUGGGGGGGCGAGUGGUGGCGACGAGAGGCGAGGACGUGAGGCUGGUGUGCAUGACGGUCGGUGAGCCUCGUCCGCCGCUUACCUGGACGAAGGACGGAAGGAGGAUCGAACCGAGUGCCAGGUUCUCGCAGGACUCGGACGGGUCUCUCGUGAUCCGCGGGGUGGAAAGGAGUGACCGCGGGAACUACACGUGCUCCAUCAACAGCCUCCGCAAGCACCCCUACGGACACACCACCUCCACGUACACGCUGCAUGUGCAAGUUCCCCCCAGCGCACCCUCAGCCCACAUCUCGGACGCGACCUCCUCCUCCCUUACCGUGUCGUGGGCAGCGGGGGACACGGGCGGCGCGGCAGUGCGGUCAUGGGCAGUGUGGUGGAGGGCGGCGCAGGGCGGGGGCUCCUGGCAAUCGCAGGUUCUCGGCCGCGCUCACUCCCGCUUCGUCAUCAUUGACCUCCAGUGCGGCGCCGAGUACCAGGUGUACGUCACGGCCAGGACUCACGUGGGGGUCUCGCCUCCCUCACGCCCCCUCACCGCCCACACCUCCGGAUCCCCGCCCGUCGCCCCGCCCACCCGCCAGGUCGCCUCAGGGAACAGCAGCGGCCUCUGGGUGUGGUUGGGGCGGUGGGCGGACGGCGGGUGUCCCAUCACGCACUUCACCCUCGAACUUAAACGACCUCGUGACCUCACCUGGACUACGUUGGCAAGCAGCCUGGCGCCACAGGAGGUUUAUGAGGUGGGCAGUGUGAGCAGCGGAGCCACCUUCGGCUUGCGACUGACAGCCCACAACGCAGCAGGGGCCACAACCACCACGGUCACGGCCAACACGGGGCUGACGGGGGGGCCUGGGGGCGCUGGAGGGCUGGAAGAGGCACCCCCGAACCCCCUCCACGCUGAUCCCCGUCUCCUCGCCUCCGCCGCCGCCUCCGCCCUCGCCCUCGCCCUCACCGUGGCUGCUGCCGUCCUCUGCCUCAGGAGACGGACGACAGCUGGCCAGGGGGGGCGAGGCGGCGGACAGGACGACCAGGAGGCUGAGGAGAACAAGACCAACCUCCUGCAGCAGAGAGACGCCUACUACGCCACCGUCAGGAAGCCCCAGCCCGUACCUGCCACGCUCGAGCGGAUACCAGGUACCAGGGAGAAGGAGACAGAGUACUCGGAGGACAUUUACCCCUACGCGACCUUCCAACUCGGGGAGGGUCGCGGCGGUGGUGGAGGGGGAGGUGGAGGCGGCGGCGGAGGAGGAGGGGGCGCAGGCGGGGCGGCAGACGACACAGCCACGGCCAAGUUCCAGACGUUUGUGUAUCAAGACACUCGCUACGGCGUGACCGAAGCCCGACCCCCGACUUCGCCCGUCCGCCCGGCACCCAGCAGCAACACGGGGCAGGGCGGGGGGCGGGUGAGGGGGAGAGGCGUGGCGGGGGGGCCGAGGAGUGAGAGUGAGGAGUACGAUUCCCUGCAGUCGGAUACGGAUACCGAGCACGCCACCUCCUCACGCACGGAGUCUUCUAUCCACCUCGACUCCGCCACCUUGGAGACCCACCACGGCCCCCUCCACCUGCCCCUCGACCCCCACCUGGCCACGCUGGAGGCUCCCCCGCCGCGCCCCGACCCCGGUCACGCCCCCCCUCGCGGUGGGGCGUGCAAGGCGACCACCAACAGGAACAUGCAUCACAAUCUGAUUUACCACGCCCCCGAGUCGAGCACCUCCACUGAGCCUUCGCCCGUGGUGGAGCGCAAGUCCUUCCCUCGCAAGCUGGACGUGAGCAAAGUGUCGAGGGCUGGCGGGGCCUUCACCAGCCGAGGCUUGGGCAAGGUCGCCGCCAGUCUAAGGGGCGGCGCCUCGUCCUCCAGCGCCACCCAAGAAACGAGUCUCUCCUUCCCGAAGAAAAUGAGCCACGGGUCGUCCUCAGUGGACUCCAAGAGCUCCGAGGACAGCAAGUACGGCUUCACCAGGAAAAUCUCGCCCCCAGUCGCCUUCUCCGGCAGUCACAACGAGCUCUCCGAAGCCGAGUGUGACCUUGAAACGCGCAAGAGGGCGGCCACGGAGGGGGAUGCGCCGCCAUACAUAGGUCACUCGAGGUCACAGUUUAGGUCGUAUGUGUCCGGGCGAGGCGGCGCCAACAAGGACUAUAGCAUCAAGGUGUAGGUGACGCCCUGACGAGUCCGCCACCGAGGACAAGAUUAUUUUUUCCCUUCGCCAUCCCGUCUUCAGGGGUGGCUGGGAGGACCAUCAAAACGUUAGGUAUUUAUUUGUCCAACCCUGUGAAAGACAAAAAUAGAAUAAAAAGUAAAAAACUCUAAAAUCUGGAUCUUCUAAUGGCAAUAGAUGAUUAGGCAGACUCUUAUUUAGCAUUCGUAUAUUUGUAUCAUCGGGUGGGUUGGUUACUUACUUGUACAUAUUUCCUUAAAAGACAAAAACUUUCCGAAAUGUAAAUACUCGUGAUAUGGAUGUCCGCGUCCCGGUUUACAAGAUACCGUUUUCAGUGACUUUCCUUUCCGUUUGGCUCUCCGUCGGUUGGUUGCGGCCGCGAGUCACAGCCACGAAUCGCGUCAGUGUGACCCUCGAACACCUUCCAAGCUCGAUGUGUUUUGUACGUUUCCUAAUGUCGCCGCCAAACAGACCGUGUAAGGUACCCAAACUUAUCAUUCAAGUAGGUGUGUAUGUUUUCCGCAAAGGUUCUCCGUACCGGUCCUGGCAGUCCAUAUAGUUACCAACGGAGCCACCACUGCCUGCAUCCAUUAACGAAAACCUUCCUUAAGGGGCUAUUACACUGGGCAAAUUUUCCGUGGAUCUUCAGUCAAACCACGAUUUCCGCUGGCGUGGUUCUUAUAUUUCCGUGGUUUUCUGACGUGUCCACGAUCUUCCAAAGCUACGGUAUAGAUUUCACUGAAGGACGACGGUAUUACUCACCAUCAUCAGCAGCAGCAAUAACAAGAAACAAAUGAAAGCCACGCAAGCAGAAAUCGUGGUUUGACUGAAGAUCCACGGAAAAUUUGCCCAGUGUAAUAGCCCCUUUACGCAUUCGCCCCCGCGCAGCCAUUCAGAAAAGCUUGCAUACAGACAAAUGCCCUUCGUUCGUCGAGGGCUUAGUGUUUUUUUUCCCCUUCCCAAACUCAUACAGCUAGAGGUGCCGACACACAAACACUUUUUCCACUAACUUUUCUUGCUAGUUGCUGUGUCAUAUUACGCCAAAACAUCCUCACAAAAGUUUACAUAGAUGCGUUUCAUUUAUCCACACUCCAGCAUAUGUUGAAGAUGUUUGGUUACACGUAAAUUAUUGAUGCAAGAAUUUGACAUUUGCUCUGAGAGUCCAACGAAGCCCAUAAUGGAUCAACGAACCUCAAAGUGAAACGAAAAGAACGCCAUCAACACAGUAUUAUAUGUCCACAAGAAAGCCUAUGGGAAAAGUGAGCGUGUGUUUCAAGACUCAUUCAACGAGUUUCAUUUGUUUUCUAUACACCAUGGCAGCGGCGGGCGAGUGAGAGGUGCUACACCCCCUGAGUCACCACCAGUAUGUGCUCGACGCCCUCUGCGGAGGAUGUGUCGCUGUGAUUUCAGAUGCUCUUUUGUUUGUGUAGGUGCAUUCGCCUUUUAGGACGCACUAUACCAAUUAGUACUCCUAUCAAAGAAAACGACUAGUGGAAAUUGAGAUGUGGAAUAUGAACAGUUUACAAAAUACAUAAUGUUCAUCUAGGUAGCCUACAUUUUGACUUUUUUUUUUCAUCUGAUAUCCCAACACCAUAUUUUUAUAGUUUUUUUUUCUGGUAUGGGUACUGAAUGGAAGGGUGCGUACUAAUUGGCGUUCAUCUAUACAUUUCUUACUUCGUUUUUUCUACUUCGUGUUUCCCGCCGUCCCUUCUUUGUACGUUUGCGAGGUGUUGCCAGCGACUUCUGUUCAGUGUUUACAAAGUGUUGCUGUGAUACUAUGUCAUUGUCCCUUACCCAAUA